AGAAACCAAAAAUAACUGCGAGGGCUUUCAUUUCCGCACCUGACGAACCCCAUUACGCCCUCGUUGCCACUGACGGCGUCUCAGCUUCACCUCACCACACCUGCAGCCUUCACUCCGUCCGCCUUUCACAUUUGUCAAAAAGAAGACAGCAAGGAAAAAUGAGUCGUCCACUGCAGGAACUGACUUCGAUCCCCCCCUCGCGCCGGCCCAGCGAGAUCGACCGGCCCGACGGCAGCGGCGGUGACACGGACGACUACAUCCACCCCGAUGCCGUGGCUCUGUUCAACAAGGCUCCGUGGGCGCGUAAGAUUCCCGUAUUCGGCAUGAGCUGCGAGGGCUACGGACCGAAGUGCACCGUCGCGCUCAGCCUGGUCUACUUCCUCAAUAAGGGCUUCGGCAACAACUUGAUCACCAUCUCCCGCUACGCCAUGUUCGUGAACCGCUUCGGCCUGACUGGCACGCGCUACCAGCGUUUGAGCAGCAUCGCGAGCAUGUCGACCUCCGUGAAAGCCAUCACCGCCGUGCUGUCGGAUACCUUCGCGCUGUGCGGCUACACGAAGCGGUGGGCGUGCGGCGGGUCGUGUGUGGUGGGUGCCGCCUUCACGCUGGCCUUCGGUCUGCUGCCGGCCACCGUAGCGAGCGGCAACUCCGGCGCCGGCUUCCUCUUUCUGGCGAAGUUCUGCAUAUCGAACGUGGACAUCCUGUCGGAGGGCCACUACAGCCGUCUGAUGCGGCGCCACCCGAAGUCGGGCCCUGCGCUUGUGAGCUGGAUCUGGUGGUUCAUCCUGGUCGCCUCGCUCGUUGCGGCGUGCGUGCAGGGCCCGCUGUCCGACAUGCAGAAGCCGCAGGUGGGUCUCUUCAUCUCCGCUGCUGUGCAGGUUGUUUGCGUGGUGUUCUUCGUGUUCAACUGGUACGGCGAGCGCCCGAAUCGCGUGGAGCGGGCCAUUGAUCGGCGUGUGAAGCUCCGCGAGCUGAACGGGUCCAGCCCCCACAGCGGCGAGGACCUUCUGGCGCCGGGCGACGGCAUCGAGGGCCGGAAGAAGCUGAACCCCGAGAACGACAGCGACCGCGAGCCGGCCGCUCUGCAUGAUGAGAUCGUGCAGGGCGACUGCGUGCUGGUGCCGGAUGACGCCGUGCCGGAGGAUGAGCUGAACGACGACGACAUGGACCCGGAGGUUGUGUCGCUCUGCUGCGGUGCGGUGGAGGUGAACACCGGCGUGGCGCGGCGCAACUGGCGCAUCAUCGUGUACAGCGCCAUCAUGACGUGCGCCGUGGUAGCCUUGGCGUGUGUAACGAUCCUCGGCAGCACGUGGGACCUACUGUGGACCUCCAUCGCCGUCUGCGUCGUUGCCACGGUCGUGUCGUUCCUCUUCCUGCCCAUGAUGAUCGCGAAGGCGAACACGUACUUCUACAUCCACAUGACGCUCUACCUGCAGUUCAGUGGCGCGAUGGACAGCUUCUACAUGGCGAAGAAGGAGUGCUACCCGGAUGGCCCGCACUUCACCUUCACCUUCUACAACACGAUCGCCUCCGUGAUCGGCAACAUCGCCGGCAUCGCUGGCGUGACCGCCUUUGCGUACAUCUUCUCCAAUCAGGGCUAUCGCUUCACGCUGAUCGUGACCAUCCUGAUCCAGAUCGUGGCGUCCAUCUUCGACAUCAUCAUCGUGGAGCGGUGGAACCUCUACAUCGGCAUUCCGGACCAUGCGAUGUACAUCAUGGGCGACGCCAUCGUUUACGAGGUGUGCUAUUAUCUGGCGUGGAUGCCGAUGGUGCUGCUACUGUCGCGUGUGUGCCCGCGCGGGUCGGAGAGCAUGAUCUACGCUCUCGUUGCCAGUAGCGGUAACUUAGGCUCCGGCAUGGCCAGCACGAUUGGCUCGAUUCUGCUGGAGAAGGCGUGGCCCAUCGUGACGAAGGGCGCUGGAAAGUGCGACUUCCGCAACCUGACGAUGCUGCUCCUCGUCGGUCACUUCUGUCUUCCGCUGCUGAUCAUUCCGAUUUCGUUCCUCCUGAUCCCCUCUGCGCGUGUCUGCGAUGACAUCGACGUGGACGGCCACGUGAUUCAGAAGGGGAGCAAGCCGCACGAGCCUUCGAGUGCCUCGACGGAGGGUGCCCCAGACUCGAUGGCGGAGGCGGUAGUCACAGGAAGGCCCUCUGCUCGUGAGGACUCCCAGUAA